UUGGACUUCGAUAGCAGUCUGUCCGUGUGCGAGGCCUCUCUCCGUCCACUUGGGACAGCCACGUCAAAAGCGAAAAUGUCGACCGGGACAAAACAAGUGAAAAGCUGCCCUAUCCCGACCAAAGUCCUGACCCUGAAGGACUGGUCUCAGCUGCCCGACUGCUACAGCCAGACGCCCGGGGGGACUCUCUUUUCCACCACGCCUGGAGGUACUCGCAUCAUCUAUGACAGGAAGUUUCUCCUGGACUGCCGAAACUCUCCCCUUGCCCGCACCCCCCCGUGCUGUCUGCCUCAGAUUCCUGGGGUCACGGUACCUGCCACACACCCCAUAGGGAAGCUGCAGGACCUCAAAGAGGAGGAAGAGAAGGAUAUUGCAGAUGACAGCCAGUUUGAGAUGGACAUCUGA